AGACGAAGGCACUAAAGCUGAGUGGACAAAGGCUGUCAGUGAUAUUUGUGGUAUCGGCGCGGGCACUCGUUUCCGCCAUGCUGCUCGCCCUCCUCGCGAUCGCGUGCGCGUGCGCCGCGGCCGACAACUACACCGACCUCAAACUUAACACCACCGACCAAAGACUCCUCAACAAACUCUCCGUCUUCUUUGAUACCAACCGGACUUUAGACAGACGCGACCUCGCUCUUCUUAAUAGAACUGCGCAAACUUUAGGAAUAGAAAAAGAAGUAGUUAAAAAACUAAGUGAUAUGAUUAUGAAUAAUGGCACGGUAGAGGCUGGGGUUUUGAGCAAACUGUCAGAAGAAGCUAAGGGUAGUCAGAACUAUAAGGAAGAAAAAGGAAAGGAUAAGCUGGUGCCGGUCGAUGAGUCUCCUGAUUACGCUUCGUCGGUGGUGUUGGCCAGUGACCUGCUGUCUCUGACGAGCGCCGUGGCUAGUGUCCAGGAGAAGGUCUGCAGAGAGCAGGGUUACCGGUUUUUGGAUGGUCUGCUCUUGAACAAAAGAUGGGCUUUACGAAUGUUCGACGCGUCGGCAAAGUCCCCUCAAGGCCUGCUCUUCGGCUCGUCCUACCACCUUGGUAACUUCGACGAGUGCGUCGCCAUCGACGACUCUACUGAUGGCGGGAUCACCGUCGAGGGGCAAUACUGUUUGGCGACCAUCAAGUGGCCGAAGAAGCACAAAGCGAAAAAGGUUCGAACCGGCCGUGGAGAGACCCUCCGCUGGGCAGUGUGUGUGCCCAGCGCUUGCAGUGCUAAAUCUGUUAAUAGCUUCGUGUCCAGCGUCCUCUCUCAUACGGUCGGAAACAGGACCAGUGUUCAAGUCACGGAGAGAGACUGCUACACUCGAAGACCGUUGACCGUCACGUCUUUGGAUGUCGGCUUUUUGGCGGUGAUCCUAUUCUUCGCAGCCAUCUUGCUCUUCAGCACAAUCUACGAGUUCUACAAGAUCAAAUGGGGUGUCAACAAGACGUCGGUAGUCCACAACUUGGUCGUCUCCUUCUCCGUCAUCCACAAUGUGAAGAAGCUGAUAUCGUGCAAGCAGAACCACACGUUGGGGUUGGAGUGCGUGACGGGCAUCAAGACCCUGGCCAUGGUGUUUAUCAUAGCUGGGCAUGCGUGUUUGUUUAUCGCCAGUGGACCUGUGAUGGACGCUGAGGCAUGGGACCGGUUGGUGCGUCAUCCAGCGGACGCGUUCAUGUUAAAUAAUUCCCUGCUGGUGGACACUUUCCUGUUCCUGAGCGCAUUCCUGUUCUGCCGGCUCCUGCUGAUCGAGCUGGAUAAGAGGGAGGGAAAGGUCAACGUCAUACCGAUAUUGGUCUUCCGGUACAUUAGAGUAACUCCCGCGUAUGCCGUGGUGAUUCUGUUCUACAUGACGUGGCUGCCGAAGAUCGGAGAGGGUCCUCUCUGGGAAGACAGGAUGCAACUAGAGCAGGAGCGAUGCAUGACGUCCUGGUGGGCGAACAUUCUGUAUAUCAACAACUAUGUCAACACUGAUCAUCUGUGUAUGUUCCAAUCGUGGUACCUCUCCGUGGACACUCAGCUGUUCUUCGUGGCGCCUAUCUUCAUCUUCAGCCUGUGGCGAUGGCGCCGCGUCGGGCCCAUCUUCCUCGCCAUCAGUAUUAUCGUUUCCGUCGUCAUUCCUGCUGUUAUCACGUAUAAGGACAAUCUGGAUCCCACUUUGUUGUUCUAUGCCAAAGAAUUUACUGACAUCGUAUCUAACUUCUACUUCAAGACGGAAUAUGUCAAGACCCACAUGAAACUGACCACGUACUUCAUGGGUUUGGUUACUGGUUAUAUAUUGCACAGGAUACAGGAAAAUGAUUACAAAUUCUCUCGCAUAUUCAAAGUGUUCGCAUGGACGACAAGCAUAAUCCUCGGGACGGUGACCACGUUUAGCGUGUCAGUAUUCUACCAAGACUGGUACGAGUACAACAACAUAGAGGCUGCGGCGUACAUCUCCUUGCAUAAGGUCGCGUGGGGCAUCGCCAACGGGUGGCUAGUCACUGCCUGCGCUACUGGCAACGGAGGUUAUCUCGGCAAGUUGCUGUCAUGGAAAUUCCUCGUACCGCUGUCUCGGCUUACUUUCUGCGCUUACCUCGUCAACGGAGUCGUCGAGUUGUACUAUGUGGGGCAGCUGAGGCAUCCACUACAUAUAACAUUCUUCACUGUGGUGGCUAAUGCCAUAUCCCACAUAAUACUGACGUUCUUUUUGGCUACACUUCUUUGCCUGAGCUUCGAGUCACCCAUUCAUGGAAUCGAGAAAAUUCUUCUCAGAAUGUUUGCUCGGCCAGUUUUAAGUGACAACGCUAUAAGAAACCAACAAGACCAGUUAUCGAGAAACACUAGUCAAAGCAAAUUAGAAACGUAGCAAUAGUUAAUGUGUAAAUUAAUUAAAUUAAUAAUCGAAUGACUGAACGGAAUGUAGCGCCCGGGAAAAAAGUGCAAGCAAAGUGUCAGAACAUUGUAAGCUGCAAGUAGAUUGGUAUCAUGAAGAUACUACCUUAGUUAUUUAUAUUAAAGUUCUAGAGAAGCGACAAACGAGACAAAACGUGACGGGGCACAACAUAGCAAUGAUGUGAAAGACAAAUGUUACCUACUUUGAAAGAGACCUAAUGUAAAUGAGUUUUGCCGAUAGAUUUGCAAUAAAUUUAAGUUAGUAUUUAAUUUAGGUUGCCUCAUGUUUCGGCGCUCGUUGGCGCCUAGAAAAUACUUUAAGUAGGUACGUAUAGGCAGAAUGCUUAAGUAGGUACAGUCAACGGUAAAAUAUGGGUGUACAAAUCAUUUCAAAAAUAUGUCCCAUAACUCUUAUGUCAGUGAAUUAAGAACUAUGGGACCUAUUUUUGAGUAAGUUGUCUACACCCAUAUUUUUACCGUUGACUGUACAGCCCUUCUUGCAUAUUUGAGUAUACAAAAACACAUAAAACACAUAAUUGUCUAAAAAGGAAAAUUUAAUUAUAUUUGGACACCAUUUAAUAAAAUUUCUUAUCUAAUUAAAAUAAAUACCUACAAUAAAAUACAAGAAGGGGUUUAGUUGAGUUUUAUACUUACGAAAUAACUGGUAUUUUAUAUUUUUAUACGGUGAUUGGAUUCGAACCAAUCCAAAACUCAUUUUAUAUUAUUAUUAGUAGUAAAAUUUGUUACCUUUGCUUUAAAAAUGAAAAGGUUAUUAGCUAAUAUUUUACCCCCUUAUUCAUAAACGUUUACUAAAGUUGACAAGCCGAUAAUAAUCGUUUGUCCCUUUCCAUCAUACCAAUACGUUGGAAAGGGACACACGAUUAUUAUCGGCUUGUCAACUUUAGUAAAUCUUUAUGAAUAAGGGGGUUACAGUCUGCAUAUGAGCUCCGAGGAAUUUUAAGGGCCGCUUUGCUUGCCCCACAUGCCUGUUGCUGAUGUCAAGUCGCCAUCAGAUAUAUCGGAGCGGCCAAGGUGCUCACAAAUAUCUGAACACGCCUCUAUUGUCAAGGCGUUAGAGUGUGUGUUCUGAUUUUGUGAACACCUCGGCCGCUCUCAUAUAUCUGAUGGCGAUUAUACUGCGCGGGCACCCACUAUCAGGUGAUCCAAAAGACUCGAUCCUUUUAGCUCUUUUUUUAGAGCACCUCAUUUCUUGACGCCUAAAAGGCUAAAAGCCUUUUUUAUUUAAUUAGUAAAAUAGGCUUUUAGCCUUUUAGGCGUCAAGAGAUGUGGCGAGCCCUAAAAAAGAACUAAAAGGCUCGAGUAUUUUGGAUCACUACCGAUACCAUUACCGAUAAUGCUCGAGGUUCGUGUGCUAACUGUAGACUAGAUCUAGACUUUGGUUUCAUUUGUUAGUAAUAAAUGUUGGAUCCAAAGAAUGGAGCAAGUAAUAGUUAUUUACAGUACAUAUGGCCCUUUAAAUUGUCGACGUAGUUACGUAAUGUGCUUAUUAUAGCACAGGGUGUCGUAAUGGAGCACCAGAUGUACUGUAAAAUGCUAUAGGCUAAAGUAUUUCUACAAAAUGAAACACAAAAAUAUUACGUAAGAAUCGAGGUGUAGGCUUGUAAACAUAAGGAAUGGUAAGUACUUUUAGACAAGACAGUUUAGUGUAAACUAGUACUCAUACUUAAGUACCUAUUGAGGUCUAUUGUGUUCUGCGAACAUUGCCCUUAUUAAUUAAUUUAUUUAGCUACUUAUAUAUAUAAAACCUAAUAAUAAUAUAAAACCUAAUAAUUUGUAACACUGAUUUUUCUGACUCGAAUUUAAAUUAAAAUAUUCCAAUGAAAUAUCUACCUAAUUUCGUUUUUAUAAUUUGAAUAGCCAUGGUAGUAUAAUGCGAUUGAACGAACAUUUUUAAAUUAAGUACGUACCUUUUUAGUUACAGUGUAAACUCAUAAUUAAAAAAAGUAUGUAUAAUGGUUACAGUGUUACAAUACGUAUUUAAUGUACCUAAUGCUGUAAGUAUUUCAUGAAUGUUAUGAUUAUAAAGCUAUGUAUUCGUACCUGCAAGAACCAAACACCUGUCUGUACAUAUUAAGUACUUAUUUUUAUUUAUAAACAUUAGGUACCUAACAGGUAUUGAUACCUGUAUGCCUGUAAUAUACAGUGUGGAAAGAUAAGUCGGGUCCUGGGAGGGAAACCACCUUAAAUCCUUAAGCUGGCUCAUUUUACUUAUAGGAGACAUUCCUUUAUUUUUAAAAUGAAACGGAAUUUUUUGUCGAUUCCCGAGUUGCCGGCCGAGGCAAGCGAGUUUUAGAAAAUCCAUGAAUGCAGUUUGGUUUCUUUUAAAAAUAAAGGAAUGUCUCCUUUAAGUAAAAUGAGCCAGCUUAAGGAUUUAAGGUAGUUUUCCUCCAGGGACCGACUUAUCUUUUCACACUGUAUACCUGUACGAUUGUAAAAGGUGUUAAUUUCGGUAAUUAUUGCAAAAUUCAAUAAUUCUGUAAUGGGUGUUUCAUUUCUAUAUGUGGAUAUAUUAUUAUAAUUUUAGGCUUAUUGACGCGUCUGCUAGUCUACACAUAGUUUGACUAUAAUCUAAAUUUAAUUUAACGAGUUUUACUGCCAACUUAUCCAGACUUAAUGAAUGGCUGUAACAGUAUAGUGACUGGGUUAAGAAUAUCUGUCGUAAAUCACCCUCUAAUUCCCAUUACGUUGACAAUUUCUUACGGAAUCCUCCCCUAGGGUUCUCAUGAAUAUUCAUUAUUUCCUCAUACACGACCGCAAAAGUCGAUUUAAGGCCGCCCGCCGCGCUAAACUAUGUUUUUCUAUACGAAUUUUGUUUGGGAUGUUUUAUUACAUUCUUCCUAAAAUAUCUAGGGGGUAUGCCAAUUUUCAUUAGGCCUUAAAAUAUUGUUACAUAUUGUUUUUUGGAGGUAACAAAAAAUAAACUAUGUAUAGAGAUACUAACCUAGAUUAAAAAAAAAUAGAAAUACCUGGGCUCGAAUUAAAAAAACAGUUUCUUUAAAACUGUUGUCAGAUUAGUUAUAGUAAUUGCAGCCUUAUUAUAUCGGUAGAAAAAUAUAUUGGGCCCAAUUCGGAUUUUGAAAUAGAUAUCUAUUAGAUAUCUUUUACACAUCACCAAGAUACGAUAACGAUAAUAUGUUUAAGAUCUAACCUGUCAAAUUUGACAUUUGCGCGAUUCUGGAGAUACUCUUGAACGAUUUCCACAGGAUAUGACACAUCUAAUAGAUAUCUUAAUCUAUCUAACGUAAAAGUAACAUUGGUUGCCCGAAUUGCGCUGCAAAAGAGAACUAGUUGAUAUCUAUACUAUAACGUAUCUCGAAAGGAUCUAGUACGUGUCGUCUCUUGUGAAUAUCUUGAAGUUCGAAUACGGCAGAUUGUCAGAUGAAUGUUCAAAACACUAUUAUUUCAUUUCAAUUGAUGAAAGUGUGUUUCAACCAAUUCGUAAACAAAUACAUAGGUUAAUAAUGUUCGUGUUAUCUUAUAAUAGUAAUUUUAUUUGCUCAAAUUAGGUUUUAUAAGAGAAAUGUACUUAUCUAUUAUUAUAUGUAUAUGUGAAAUAAAUAAGUUACCAUUGUAA